GGAGGCGCUGGUACAGUUGAAAUCAUUGUUGUGAAAUGUUGAAUCAGGUCCGGAGGAGGCGAUGAAGUCAUUGAUAAGAGUAAUGUGGAUACAUUUAUGAACGGAGCUGCAGUCGACCGGUUGAACCCAUAUUUUAACCUGCGAGCAGCUGCAAACAGAAACUGUUAGCUAACGGUGCAUGAUGCAUGAGUGUGCACUUGUAUGUGCUGCCUGAGUGAUAGUUUAGGUCUGUGAUUUCAUGUGAGCUGUGUGCGUGUGUGUGUGCACGGCAGCAGAAACAAAUGGAGGCGAGACAAAUAACCGGGGUGUACGGAGAGGUGAGCGGCCUCCCUGUGCCUCUUUCAGCUUAUGUGAGUGAAGAGCAGCUUUCAGAGUUCCGGAUGUACACCGUAACUGCAGAGUGGAGUCAGAGUGACCUGGUCCGAGGCUCCAGACUGCGCUACUCACAGCAGUGGACUCUAAUCGCAGACAUCAACGACCACAAGAGUAUCAGGACUGUCCUUCCCCCUGGACCCUGUGUGCCUUUGUCUGGAGAAUUACUGAGUGCAACAUCUCCUAUUCGAGGCCUGAGAGCCAUUGUCAGGGACACAGGUGGCCACCAGAUCCUCGAGAUAUGGGACCAUCAUGGCCUCAGGAAAUGCCUGAACCUGACUGCCCUCAACAAACAUGGCAGAGUGUAUGAUGACGCCCAAUUUGGCUGUCUGUCAUGGUCGGAGUGUGAGAACAAACUCCUGUAUGUAGCUGAGAAGAACAAGAACACGUCAAGAGAUACUCAUGAUGAAGAAUCUGCAUGGGGGAAGGACAGGAGUGUGUACAGUGAGGACUGGGGUGAGACACUGACCAAUAAGAGCGUUCCGGUGGUCUGUGUGGUGAAUCUGCAGAGCGGCACUGUCAGUGUGUUGCAGGGCGUCCCACCUGAUGUCUCACCUGGACAGGCUCUGUGGGCUCCAGGAAGUCAUUCAAUGUUUUUUGUUGGUUGGUACCAUGAACCCUUCAGACUCGGACUGAGGUUCUGCUCCAACCGCAGGUCAGCGUUAUUCAAGCUGGACUUGGAUGGACACUGUGAGUGUCUGUCGGGGGACAACCAGUCAGUGUCCUGUCCAAGACUGAGUCCAGACAGGUCCACGCUGAUCUACCUGCAGGGCCGAGUGUUUGGUCCUCACAAUCAGUGCCAGUGUCUGCAGCAGUUGGACCUGAAGAGCAGGAAGAUAUCCACACUGUUGGAUGUUGUGAACAGACCACAGACUGGUGAGUUUGCAGGUGUGUAUGAAGCUCUGGUGUCUGGAUGCUGGUCCGCAGACAGUCAGAGGGUUGUGUUCAGCAGUGCCUGCAGGAACUGGAAGGAACUCUUUAUGGUCAACAGAACAUCAAAGAAAGUGUCCUCCCUCUCUGAUAGUGCCUCUGAUCUUUCCAGAGUUUAUGGUAGCUGGAAGCUGCUGACAGUCCAGAAGGACCUGAUGGUUGUCUGCUGCUCCAGUCCCAACACACCACCCACUCUGCGGGUUGGUUUCCUUCCCUCAGCAGGUGAGACUGUGAACUGGCGAACCCUGCAGGAACCUGUCAUGACCUUUGACUUCCACUGGUCAAUCCUGGAUGUUAAACCUCCACCAGCAGAGGACAACACACACUACUCUGGUUUAGACUUCGGGGCUGUCCUGGUUAAACCGUCUCAUCCCCUUCAUGAAGCCAAGACACCUCUGGUCGUCUUCAUCCAUGGUGGCCCGCACUCCCAGUUCCCUGCAGAGUGGAACUGCACCACAGCUGGACUGGCCAAACUGGGCUUCGCUGUGCUAAUGGUGAACUACCGGGGCUCCACAGGGUUCGGCCAGGACAGCAUUUUGUCCCUGAUUGGUCAGAUCGGAUGUCAGGAUGUAAAAGACGUGCAGAGGGCUGUGCUUACUGCACUGCAGAAUGACAUGACACUCGACUCCAAGCGCUUGGCUGUGAUUGGAGGUUCCCACGGCGGUUUCCUGUCUUGUCAUCUGGUUGGUCAGUACCCAGAUUUCUACAGAGCGUGUGCAGCAAGGAACCCUGUCAUUAAUGCUGCUACUUUAUUGGGUACCAGUGACAUAGUGGACUGGCGUUACACCAGUGUGGGGUUGCCAUACUCAUAUGACCAGAUACCCACUGCAGAGGCCCUGGCUGCUAUGUUAGAGAAGUCACCCAUCACACAUGCAGCCCAGAUCAAAGCUCCAGUGCUGCUGAUGCUGGGAGGCAGAGACAGGCGAGUGUCUCCUCACCAGGGUCUGGAGCUCUAUAAAUUGCUGAAGAGCAGAGCUUCACCUGUCAGGUUGUUGUGGUUUCCAGAAGAUGGACAUUCUUUGUCCAGAGUGGACACACAGGCCGACUGCUUCCUCAACACGGUGUUGUGGCUGCACCAGCAUCUCUGAACACACACACACACACGCACACACACGCACACAUAGUUUACAGUGAUGAAGUUUGGAUGGAGGAGUUCUGGUACUCAUCAUAUUUGGAUAAUUGGUAUUCUCACUGUUGUCAGUACUAAACACACCACUGCCUUUUUCACAACGCACAUUGUGAAUGUUAUAUUGUACCUAAUUUUGUAAAAAAUAUUUCCAAAUCAAAGCAUGCAAUAAAGAAUAUUUGCAAACCUAAACUAAUGUAAAAAUGUUGUCAUGUCUGGUUUUCAUAGUGCAACCUACAGAAACUCUGUCCCACUAUAAUAAUUAAUCAAAACUUUAUGUUAUGCCUCUCCUCAUCUACAUUUGCAACCCUAAAAUAUUUGUCCAUUAUUUUAAUAGACAGAGCAGGCUAAUGAUGGCUUUAUUGUAUACAGUAACUGUAAUUUAUACAAUGUCCUGCAGAUGGCAGCAUCUAUCUGUUGUAACAGUUUCCUCAUG